CGACAAUUCACUUCUCGAUUGCUUCCCUUACCCUUCACUUGUGAAUUCGCUUUCUCGAGAUGAAGUCGAACGCGGAUAUUGAGUCUCAGGCCCCGACUGUCCUAGACGACUCGUCCGAGCGUAAGUCGGAGAAGUCUGGGAACGGCGCGCCCGAAAAUGGGUACUCUUCGGAUCCUACCUCAGAACGAGCUGAAGACACAUCUCCCAAAGGCCCCGAUCCUAACGAUUUUCCGGAUGGCGGCUUCCAGGCUUGGUUUUGCAUCGCUGGAGGAUUCUGCACUGUUUUCUCGAGUUUUGGUUGGGUGAAUUGCAUUGGUGUCUUCCAGGAUUACUAUCAAGCUCACCAGCUCGCUGCCUACACAUCUAGCGAUGUGGCAUGGAUUCCGGCAGCAGAGUCAUUCAUGUUAUUCUUUUUGGGUCUAAUUUCAGGCAAAAUAGCUGAUAGCUAUGGUCCGAGAUGGCCUAUUCUUUUCGGUUCCGUCUUACAUGUUUUAGGAAUGAUGAUGAUUUCGAUCUGCAAGGAAUAUUACCAGUUCUUCCUCGCCCAGGCCAUAUGCAGUGGAAUUGGAACCAGUUUUCUAUUUUAUCCUACUAUCGCUGCGGCUGGAACUUGGUUCAAGAGACAUAGGGCCCUAGCGUUCGGUAUUAUGGUGUCUGGGUCGAGUCUUGGCGGUGUUGUGCUUCCAAUUAUGGUCCAGCACUUGAUCGUAGAAGUCGGUUUCGGAUGGGCAAUGCGUAUUGUUGCCUUCCUUAUUCUGGGACUCCUAAUUUUCGGCAACAUCGCGGUCAAGUCUCGCCUGCCCCCUGUUCGAAAACCCUUCACCAUUAAGGAAUAUCUCGUUCCUUUUACCGAGAUACCGUACCUGCUUCUCGCCAUUGGUUCGUUCUUUGUUUACUUCGGCGCCUUCUUGCCUUUCAACUUCAUAAUUGUCGAGGCGAAAGAAGCGGGCAUGUCUGCCGACCUUGCGAAUUAUCUUGUUCCGAUAAUCAAUGCGGCAAGUAUUUUCGGAAGAAUUUUCCCCGCUCACCUUGGCGAUGUAUACGGAGUCUUCAACGUUUGCAUCAUCUUCACUACUUUCUGUGGAGUUGUUACACUUGCGCUCUGGCUCCCAGCGGCUUCAGUUGCCCCCAUUAUUGUCUAUGCGGUCUUGUACGGAUUUGGUUCCGGUUUGACACUAGCAAUCAUCCCCGCGCUGGUAGCUUCGAUCUCUGAUAUCCAGAAGUUGGGCUUCCGGGUGGGUACAUUGUACGCUUUCUCCUCAUUUGGUGCCCUGUUCGGCAGCCCUAUUGCUGGGGCCAUUGUGACCUCACAGCAUGGCAGCUAUUCUGGUCUUAAGAUCUUUUGCGGCGUUUCGCUUCUUGUUGGUGCGGCCGCCAUUAUUACUUCGCGUGUCAUAUUAGUAGGCCCUGGACUGUUGGUCAAGAAAUAAGGAGCAAGUCCUUGACGAGGGGAUGCGGGUAUGUUGGCAUGUGGCACGACUAUGUGGGGGAUAUAUGGAAUAAUUCCGUAAAAUGCGGGAAUGUGGAGACAGUUUAACGAUACCCUCUUAACCUAGUAUAUCUUAUAGUAUUUUAGCAUUUUUGAAGUUGAUAAACACAGGUUAGAGCAUAAUAGGUAUGAUAGAGGGCCAUGCAUAUAAGGCAGCAUAAUAUAUGGUUAUUAGGUAUGGAAGUUGUUCAGAAUCUACCUAAGUUUAUACAGCAUGUACAAGUCAAAUCAAAUCAAAUCAAAUCAAA